AUGACAGCACCGUUGUCUUUGUCAUCGGUGUUGGCGCCUCGUCAAAUGCCGUCUGCGAUCCAGGAGCCACUUGUGCCGUCCAUCAAUUUCGCUAUGGUAUGCCCCGGCGUUUACCGCUCCGGAUACCCGACAAGGAAGAAUUUCCGUUUUCUUCGUGCACUUCGGCUUCGUACAAUUCUUUACCUCUGCCCAGAGGAAUAUGCAGAGAGCAACGUCAAGUUUUGUGAGGAAAAUGACAUCCGUAUCCUUCGCUUUGCUACGGAGGGAAACAAGGAGCCAUUUAUGGACAUAUCGGAACCGCUGAUGCACCGCAUUCUUAGUGCUCUCGUUGAUACCCGUACGCACCCCAUCCUUAUUCACUGUAAUAAAGGGAAACACCGAACGGGGGCCGUAGUGGCCUGCUUGCGAUUGUUGCAGGGGUGGUCGCUUGUGUCGAUUUUCCAGGAGUAUCGCUGCUUUGCAGGAGACAAGGCGCGUAUGGGGGAUCAACAGUAUGUGGAGCUUUAUCAUCCUAUAGUGCUUGUGGCACCAGCAUACGUGGCGGAGUGGAUGUGCAUCACACGAAGAGUCACUGUUGUCCAAACUGAGCAAGAGUUGCUGGAGGCGGAAUCCCAGCAGCUCGGUUGGAGUCUAGUAGCCCCGCCGCCACUGCCGCCGUCACCGCCAUCGCCACAAGAACGAGAGAAGCGGCAGCAGAAACCAAAGCAACAAGAAGAAGUACAGAAGCAACAAUCGCAACGACCACCGCUAUUGCCUUCCGCGGCAAAAGGGACGGCACAAAGCUCCCAUAGGGAGGGUUCAGGGAAAAACGCCAAAAACGACGCCGCCAAACUGCCCGUAAAAUCCUCUGCGGCUACUGCGACCGUGAGUUCCUCCACAUCGAUGAUAUCCAUUCCAGCACCCCGUCGUGCUGGUGGGCAGGGAGAAAGUGGCAUUGACUCAGGGAAGACAAAGGAGACCAACUCGAUCCCGCGGAAGGAAAAUGGGGAUAGAAGAGUCAAAAAUGACGCUAAUCUUCAGUAG